AUGGCGACCUCAUCGCGCGUCGUCAUCAUCGGGGCCGGCAUCGUCGGCGCAAAUGUCGCCGACGAGCUGACCUCGCGCGGCUGGACCGACAUCACCGUAGUUGACCAGGGCCCUCUGGAGCUGGCGGGCGGCUCCACGUCUCAUGCUCCCGGCCUGGUCUUUCAGAGCAACGCCUCCAAGGCCCUGACCUUGUUCGCCCGAUACACCGUAGAGAAGCUGCAGUCUCUGGGGAAGGAUGGUGAGAGCUGCUUCAAUCAGGUGGGCGGGCUGGAGGUGGCCACGACUCCUGAGAGGCUGCAAGAGCUCAAGAGAAAGCACGGUUUCGCCACAUCCUGGGGUGUCGACACGCGCCUCAUCAGCGCCGAGGAAUGCUCCAACGUCUACCCGCUGCUAAACAAGGAACUCGUGCUAGGCGGCCUCCAUAUCCCCAGUGAUGGUUUGGCACUCGCCGCGCGCGCCGUUCAGCUGCUCAUCGAACGCACGAGUAAAGCUGGCGUUCGAUACAUCGGGUCAACUCCUGUCACGGGCAUCAAUCAGGCCGACGGUCGCGUCACGGGCGUCACAACACCUAAUGGCAUCAUCCCUGCCGACAUUGUCAUCUCUUGUGCAGGAUUCUGGGGCGUCGAGGUCGGCGCAAUGGCAGGCGUGCCGAUACCCCUAUUACCAAUGGCGCACCAAUAUGUCAAAACAACCGCUGUGCCGGCGCAGGCCGGUCGAAACGCGCUUCCAAAUGGAGCAAACCUUCCAAUCCUACGAUAUCAGGAUCAAGAUAUCUACUACCGCGAGCACGGCGACCGCUUCGGCAUUGGGUACUACGGCCAUCGCCCUAUUCCCGUUGACGCCGCCUCUCUUGGCCCAACGCCACGACACGUCACAGAGGACAAUAUGCCCUCUCGCCUCAAGUUUACGCCGAAAGAUUUCGAGCCGGCAUGGAAGCUAUCGCAAGAGCUUUUGCCGGCGCUUCAAAAGAGCACUGUGGCGGAAGGGUUCAACGGGAUCCUGUCAUUCACGCCAGACGGCGGGCCACUCGUUGGCCAGUCAUCCACCCUAGAUGGCUUCUUCGUCGCCGAGGCGGUUUGGGUGACGCACUCUGCCGGUGUAGCUCGAGCGCUGGCUGAGAUUCUCACAACCGGAAAGUCCCAAGUGGACCUCACCGGCUGUGACCUAUCCCGCUUCGACCCAGUCCAGCUCACCCCUGCCUACGUGAAGGAGACAUCACAACAAGACUUUGUACAAGUCUACGACAUCCUUCAUCCAUUCCAGCCGCGCGACUCGCCGCGAGACUUGCGCGUUGGUCCUUUCCAUGAGCGUCAGCGUGAACUUGGAGCAUUCUUCCUCGAGACUGGCGGUUGGGAGCGAGCGGAAUGGUAUGAGACGAACAAAGGGCUGUUGAGCCACCUGCCUGCAAAAUGGCGACCUGUCGAGCGUGAUGCCUGGUCAGCAAGAUACUACUCGCCAAUUGCAGCUGCCGAGGCGUGGAAGACGCGCACCGCAGCGGCCUUGUACGAUCUGACUCCGCAGCGUCGGAUCGAGGUGACGGGGCCAGGAGCCGCCAAGCUGCUUUUGCGGUUGACGACGGGAGAUGUUUCAAGGCCUCCAGGCACUGUUACAUACGCACUUCUUCUGGACGGCAGCGGCGGCAUCCGGAGUGACCUCGUUAUAGCGAGACUGGGCAAGGACUCCUUUCAGGUCUCAGCAAACGGGGCCAUGGACUUUGCCCAUCUCUCGCGCGAGGCUCGGAUACAGACUACGAAGUCACCCGCUCGGUCCGUUCAAGUACGCGACACCACCGGCAGCACAUGUUGUCUUGGAUUAUGGGGGCCCCGCGCCAGGAACGUCGUCAUGGCUGUGAGCACAGACGACUUCACCGGUGCGAGUUUGCCGUACAUGCAUGCCAUGAAGGCAACAAUCGCCGGCAUUCCCGUGACAGCGAUGAGCGUGUCCUAUGUCGGCGAGCCUGGCUGGGAGAUACACACCACUGCCGAAUACGGGCGACGGUUAUGGGAUGUCCUUUGGCGAGCUGGUCAGUCCCAUGGAUUGAUCGCGGCGGGCCGAGCCGCCUUCUACGCCUUGCGCCUGGAAAGUGGAAUCAGGCUAUGGGGCGUGGACAUGACCACCGAGCACGACCCUUAUGAGGCUGGCCUUGAUUUUGCCCUGCGCGAGUCUGGAUCAUUUUAUUUUGGACGGGAAGCGCUGAGAGGCCGCUCGGCCAAGACAGCUGCGAGGCGGCUCCAGUGUCUGACCGUGGACGACGGCCGGUCGAUGGUGCUCGGCAAGGAGCCGGUUUUCGCGAGCGGCAAGUCUGUCGGCUACAUCACCAGCGCGGCGUUUGGGUACACGGUCGGCAAGCCGAUUGCAUUCGCGUAUCUUGCCGCCAGCGUGGCUGAAGGCGACUCGGUUGAGAUUGAAUACUUUGGGCGGCGCAUUCGGGCAACGGUCAUGCGUGAUUCAGCAUAUAAGCCGCACAGCGACAGGCCCCUAGUAGCGAGAAGGGAGUCCAAACUCUGA